UUUCGAACACAUUGUAAAAGAAGAUCGAAUGAAAUAAAUAAACAAAUAAAAUAUCGUGUUAAAAUGGAAUCAAUGGAUAUAGAUGAACUGAAGACUCAAACAAUACAAGCAAGGUUUGUAUCAGAUGCAGGAGAAGAAGUGGGACCGCCUGUAGAUUUGCCAAUAUCAGUUGAUGUGCAACAGUUAGAAUUAAUCUGCAAUGCGCUUUUAAAAAACGAUGACCCCAUUCCGUAUUUAUUCUUCAUCAAUGACAACGAAGUUAAGAAGAAUUUACGAGAUACAUUGGAUUCCAAAACAACCAGCAUCGAAGAUGUUCUCAAUAUUGUUUAUCAACCUCAAGCAACUUUUCAUGUUCGACCAGUAACAAGAUGUACAAGUUCAAUGCCAGGACAUUCAGAAUCUGUUGUUGCCUUAAGCUUCAGUCCAGAUAGUCUUCAUUUAGCAAGUGGUUCUGGUGAUCAAACCUUAAGACUUUGGGAUUUGACAACUGAAACACCUCACUUCACGUGUACGGGACAUAAAAAUUGGGUUCUUGUUGUUUCAUGGUCACCCGAUUCAAAGAAAAUUGCAAGUGCAUGUAAAUCUGGUGAAAUUAGAAUUUGGGAUCCAGACACAGGAGCAUUAAUGGGAAAGCCAAUGGUUGGCCACAAGAAAUGGAUUAAUUGUCUUAGUUGGGAACCUUAUCAUCAGAAUCCAGAUUGCAGGAAAUUAGCAAGUGCUGGUAAUGACAAUGAUGUCAGAAUAUGGGACACGGUUUUAGGCAGUUGUAUUAAAGUGUUAUCUGGACAUACAGCUUCGGUUACUGCUGUUAGAUGGGGUGGUUCUGGACUCAUUUAUACAUCAUCUCGUGAUCGAACAUGUAAAAUGUAUCGAGCAGAUGACGGAGUUUUAUGUAAAACGUUCACUGGACAUGCACAUUGGGUGAAUAAUCUUGCUUUAAAUACAGAUUAUGUUUUAAGAAUUGGACCUUUUGCUCCUACUUCAAAGACUUCAUCAAAGAAGAAACAAGAUAAAGAAGAAUUACGUAAGCAAGCGAUGGAAAGAUAUCAGAAAGUUUGUCCUGACGGAAUUGAAUCAUUUGUAUCAUGUUCUGAUGAUUUUACGCUUUAUUUAUGGCGAUCUGAUCAGAAACAAUCAAUAACACGAAUGACUGGACAUCAGAAUGUUGUUAAUGAUGUUAAAUAUUCUCCAGAUGUUAGAACGAUAGCUUCAGGAUCAUUCGACAAAUCCAUUCGAUUAUGGAGAGCUCAUGAUGGUGGAUUUAUAACAGCAUUACGUGGCCAUGUUCAAGCUGUUUACACAAUAGCAUGGUCAGCAGAUUCCCGUCUUGUUGUUAGUGGAAGUAAAGAUUCAACUUUAAAGGUUUGGAGUUUAAAGACAAAGAAACUUGAACAAGAACUUCCUGGACAUGCUGAUGAAGUUUAUGCAGUUGAUUGGGCACCUGAUGGAUCUCGAGUUGCAUCAGGUGGAAAAGAUAAAGUGUUGAAAAUGUGGGCUCAUUAAAAUAAUUUAACUCAAAUAAAUUUUUUUUCUUAAGAAUUCAAUUAA